AUGCUGUCAAUCUCGCUCUUCCGCACGGUCGCCCUUCGAAACGCUGCUGCUUCGGUGGCGGCUGCGAAAGGUGCACGCAACUUCUCCUACACGGCAGUCGCGAUGUCAGCUGUGAAGCCUGGCAGCGAGAGUGAAGCCACCUCGCCUGGUUCUGGCUCCACUGAGGAAAUAGCCAACAGCGAAGGCGCCUACGACGGCUCGUCCACAAACCCUUCCACGUCGACUUCGCAGAUCGAAAACGAGACCGACGCCGACUUCGGCUCAAGCAGCGCCAACGCCGAAACGUCAGAAAUGGCCACCAAGGCGCAACACCAGUCUAACCGUCGUCCCUCAAAACAGCAGCAGUCGACGCCGGACAAGUCCAACUUUGGCGCCACCGAGGCACGCAAGCAGGGCGGAAGGGGUGGUGGCCAGAGCUAA